AUGUCAAGUACGCAAGUCCAUAUUAUUCCAGUUUUGACCUCUCAGCUCAUUAUACAUUUCAGUUGGGAUCCUAUCUCUCACGAUUCUGCAGCUGGACAUCGGAAGAUAUGUUGGAAAGAAUUACCGAUAGUACAUCAUAUCUGGAGUUUCCUGGGCCAGACAAGGGAAACAAUGCCGGCGGUUCUACCACCAGAUAAUUACGAGUUUUCAUUCACAUUUCCGGUAUCGAAUCGGUUACCCGAGUCUCUUGAAGGGCUCGACGAUAGCUCUAUCAGAUACACACUCAGAGCGGAGAUUCACGCUGGGAAUGGAGAAACAAUCAAAAUCACGAAGCGACUGACGGUUCACCGAAGAUAUGAUUCUCUAUUGAUACCCGAACCAAAGGUACUCAUGCUCGGGAUUGUCAUCGAGAAUUUUUGGUCUGGGAAAGUGGUCUAUACAGUGAGCAUGCCAUCACAAGCCUUUCCAUUCGGCAGUGAAGUCCCGUUGAACUUCCAGUUCAUUCCACUUCGCAAAGGCCUUGAACUGGAGAGUAUCAAUUGCCAACUCGUGGAGAUUGAGGAGAGGAAAUGUCCACUACAAGCUAUCCGAUCCCGCGACAUUUUGACGGACAACUAUACAGCUGCGGGUUGGGGUGAUGUGAUCCCAUCAUCGGAUGGAGCGGAUUGGUAUCAUAUCAUUCGAAGACUCCAACUUCCUCGAAAUAGGAGAAAGUGUCGGCAAAGUCACCCGAACAGCACAAUGCCUAUACGCCAUUUGAUCAGAGUCGACAUCAGGAUAGCGAACCGGGAUGGUCAUGUUUCUUUGAUUCGCUUGACUCUUCCCAUUUUCAUUCACUUUUCUCCGUUGUCAUCCGCUACUGGUGACAAUAUGUCAGAGACUCCAGCUUUCCCCUCCAUGUCCGCUCCACCGGAUGUCUUUUUACCACAUUACAAGGACCAUUGCCAGGACAAAUUUCCCGGGGAGGCGCUUUCCGUGCCGGAGACGCGAGAGAAAGAAAAGGAACCCCCGAGCUACUUCGAAUUGACGGAUCUGUCUACCAUUCCCAGCUACUCUGCUACCCUUCAUUUCCGCUCUCAUGAUUUCGUAAGGCUUCUCGAGGAGGAAGACGUGCACUAA